AUGACGUUGCUCAAGCGCGCCAUCAACGCGGCCACCAUCAAGGGCUCUGAGCGUCGACCUGGCGAAUCGCGUGGCAAUGCCCUGCUUCGCAACGCCGAUUUGCUCCCCGUUCCGCCUGAGCGCCGUACUUGGGGCUGGAUCGAUUUCACCGCCUUCUGGAUCUCUGAUGGUCUCAAUCUCAACACGUUUAUGAUUGCUUCAACCGCCGUAUCUGCGGGUCUCACUUGGUCGCAGGCUUGGGCCGCCAUCAUCGUAGGUUACUUUUGCGUGGCGUUUUUGGUAGUUAUGACGGCUCGAAUCGGUGCGGUCUACCAUGUCUCGUUUCCGAUCCUGGCGCGCAGUACGUUUGGUGUGUGGGGCGCGAUCUGGCCGAUUAUCAACCGCUCGGCGAUGGCUUGCAUCUGGUACGGUGUACAGGCAUACAUCGGUGGACAGUGUGUCACGUUGGUAAUCGAGAGCAUGUUCCCCAGCUACGCGAGGAUGCCCAACCAUCUCCCCGAAAGCGCGGGCGUUACGAGCCAACAGUUCCUGUCGUUCUUCCUGUUUUCGCUCAUCUCGAUCCCAUUGGUGAUUACGCACCCUACAAAGAUUCGGCUGUUCUUCAACUUCAAGUCGAUCGUGGUGCCGAUCGCGGCGAUUGCCUUUUUCGCAUGGUCGGUCGCUGACGCCAAGGGUCUUGGACCCAUCGUGCAUCAGUCCGCCACUUUGAAAGGAUCCAAGUUCUCGUGGACGUUUGUCGCCUCGCUCAUGUCGUGCAUCUCCAACAUGGCUACGCUCGUUCUCAACAUCCCCGACAUUUCCAGAAUGGCCAAGAACAAGACUUCAGUCAAGUGGUCGCAGCUGUUGGCGAUUCCUCUGACGUUUUCGUUGACGAGCUUCUUGGGCAUCAUCAUUGCCAGUUCAAGCCAGGUCAUCUAUGGCAAACUCAUCUGGAACCCCGUGGAUCUGCUCGGUCAGAGGCUCAAGAUGGACCCCUACGAUUCCAAGGCGAGGGCAGGCGUGUUCUUUAUUGCUUUUGCUUUCAUCAUUGGACAGAUUGGUGUCAACAUUGCUGCGAAUUCGCUCUCGGCGGGUCACGACCUGGCGGCGGCGUGUCCUCGCUACAUCAAUAUCCGUCGGGGUAGCUUGGUGGCGGCGGCGGUGGGCUUUGCCAUGUGUCCGUGGAACCUGCUCAAGGACAGCAACAACUUUGCCACGUACCUGUCGGCCUACUCGCUCUUCCUCUCGAGUCUGAGCGGAACCAUGAUGGCGGACUACUACAUUGUCAAGCGCGGCAAGCUCGAUAUGCCGUCGCUCUUCUCGGCGAGCUCGGGCAAGUCGGACACCACCGUUCCGCACAUGUACCACUACUGGAACGGUAUCAAUGUGCGCGCGUUUGUGGCGUACAUUGCCGGUAUCGCCAUGACGGUGGCAGGCUUUGCCGGCGUGCUGGGCGCAGAGGUCUCGCUCACCGCGCAGAGGAUGUACAUCCUGGCUUACCCGAUUGGAUUCCUCGUGGCAGGCAUGGUGUAUGUGGCACUGUGCGAGGUGUUCCCGGUCCCUGGAGGUGUGUCGGUGCGGGAGCACAGGCAAUUCUUGGAGCCCGAAAGCUGGGAGGCCGAUAUGUGGCACGGUUCCGAAAUGCCCGUCGACGACGCUGACGCUUUGCACACCGCCAGCGACAUUGAGAAGGGCUCGGAUUACAAGGCCGAUGUCUCCACCGCUCAGCAACAGCAAGUCUCGAGCUCGGACUACUAUCUGCAGAAAUGA